AUGGUGUCUUUCAAGCAAGCAUUUGCGUUAUCUCGACAGGAGGUUGACGCUGCGACUCCUCCUGGCACUAUCCAGAUCCAUCGCGAACGCGAAGGUACCAACGAUACAGUUCGCUACAGCAAUACUGAUGAUCCUUGGGACCCACUCAACUUUCCCCUCUGGCACAAGAUUGCUGCCCUGCUGGUAGCCGCUCUCUAUGCCUUCACUGCCAACUUCACCAGUGGUGUCAUCGCGCCCGCAUUCCAGCUAUGGCCCAUGAUAUUCCCCCGGGAUCCGCGGUCUAUUUCCGAUCUUUCCGUCUUGAUCGCCAUCAAUGUACUCUUCCUUGGCGGCGCCAAUAUCUGGUGGGUUCCUCUGUCUAACUGGAUGGGACGUCGACCGGUUCUCAUUCUAGCAACACUACUUCUUACGUUUAGUACGUUGUGGUGUGGCCUUGCUACUUCAUAUGAGUCUUUGCUUGCUGCUAGAGCCUUCCAAGGCAUUGGAGGUGCGGCCGCCGACUCAGUCGCUCCAGCUCUGGUUGGAGAUUUGUUCCCGGUUCAUCAGCGUGGAAGAGCCAUGUCUGUGUAUACUAUCAUGCUCGUCAUCGGCCCGCUCGCGGGUGGAAUCUCAGGCGGCUACAUUGUCUUUCAACAGGGCUGGCAGAUGAUAUUCUGGGUCUGUCUAGCCCUUUCUGCCGCCUGUCUCCUCGGAGUCAUCUUCUUCGUCCCGGAGACAUUGUACUCUAGAAACAUGCCGAUCGAAGGUGUCGCCAGUGCCGAGUCGGAGAAGCAAGCUCAGUUUGGAAACAACGAACACGUCGAGAACAAGCAGUCCGCCAUCGAGCAGCAGCAUACGAUUCAUAAGCCAUUUACCUAUGUCAAGUCUUUGGGUUUCAUCAAACCUCGUGGAAGCCUGCUCAAGCAAGCCAUCCAGCCUUGGCGAACUUUGGCCCUUCCCGGCACUUGGGUAGUGAUGCUUCACUACGCCGGCUUGGUCGGCGGUAUCGUCACCAUCUCGACCAUCGGGCCUCAGAUCGUAGCAGCUCCGCCAUAUCUCUGGAAAGCAAACGCAGGUCUUAUCAAUGUCGGCCCUGUCAUUGGAGGAAUUAUCGGAUACAUUUACACGUUCUUGCUGGCUGAUGGUAGCAUGAUGAAGAAAGCGAGCAAGACACGACAUGGUGUUGCUGAAGCAGAGGAUCGCUUAAUUACUCUCUUCUUUCCUCUUUUCGUGGCAACUAGCGGAUUACUUAUCUUCGGCUUCUGCGCUCAGAACCCAGGCACCAAUCGAUGGAUCGGUCUGCAGUUCGGUUUUGGAAUGCUCAGCUUUGGUCUUAUGCAAGUUCCCUCGGUGGGAUUCAACUAUCUUAUUGAUUCCUACCACUCGUUGGCAGCGGACUGCUUCACUAUGGUGACUAUUCUACGCGCCAUCAUCGCGUUUGCAUGGACAUUCUUUGCCGCCGAUUGGGUCCAUCAAAAGGGCGCUGCCGAGCCUUUUGGUAUUUUUGGAUUGCUUAUGGGUGUCUUUUCUCUGCUUACCAUUCCGCUUUGGAUGUAUGGCAAACGUAUGAGGAUCGCCACGGCGGAAAGGGUCCUUCGCUGGCAGGGAUUCUAG